UCGAAAUAGUGUCAGUUCAACACACACACACACACACACACACACUACUGGUCACCAGCUAGUUGGGAAUGAGUGAGGGGUAAAAGCGUGUCUCCUGACAAUAACUGGUCACACAUAUAAUUAAAUAGUCUAGUGGACAAAGCUUUGACCAAUCAACUUCUGCAAUUCUGCAUAAUGGAUAGAGGAGCAGAGGAAGAAGAAUUGGACUCUGGGUAUGAGACUCCGCCCACUUGCAUCUUACUGGACCUCCUGUUGAAAAGCCGCCACCCUUCAGGCCCAUUUAACGAAGUCUGGCCAAACAUCAUCAUCUCUGACGCACGAACUGCCACGGAUCUGUCGCUGUUGAAGACCCUGAGAGUGACUCAUGUAGUGAACGCUGCUCAUGGCCCCGCCCACAUUGACACAGGCUCCGCCUUUUACUCACACGCCCACAUCCAGUACCUCGGUGUAGAGGCUCCAGACAGCAGAGACUUUGAGCUGUCGGUUUUCUUCCACACUACAGCCGACUUCAUCCACACGGCUCUGACACGGGACUCAGGUAAAGUGUUGGUGCACUGUGCUCGGGGAGUUAGCCGCUCGGCUACGCUUGUGUUAGCAUACCUCAUGAUCUACGAGCGGCUCACGGUUGCCGAGGCGAUCGAAGCUGUGCGAGUUCACCGGAACAUUCUGCCUAAUGUUGGAUUUCUGGAUCAGCUACGAGAACUGGAUACUAGACUCACUGCAGAGGACAAGGCAUGUAAUCCCGAGGACAAGAUGGCAUCUAACAGAUCAGAGAUUGGCCUGAAGGCAGAUGUUCCUGAGGAUGAACGAGAAUACGUGACGCCCAGUAACUAUGAGCUGGAGAAGCUGCUAUCACGCAGCACUGUAGCAUACACACACGUCAACGAAGUCUGGCCCAACAUCUUCAUAGGAGAUGAGCAGACAGCCCGGAAUCGUUACAGCUUAGAGAAACUGGGAGUGACCCACGUUCUGAAUGCUGCAGAGGGUGAGAGGAACAGUGUGUGUACAGGAGCUGGUUACUAUAGCGACAUGGACACAGAGUAUUAUGGGAUAGAGGCAGAAGACAUUCCUUCAUUCAACCUCAGUGUGCACUUCUUCCCUGUGGCUGAGUAUAUGAGACACGUCCUGAGUAACACACAGAACAAGCUGCUAGUUCACUGUGUAAUGGGACGCAGCCGCUCGGCCACGCUGGUCCUCGCCUACCUGAUGAUCGAGGAGAAGAUGACGCUGGUGGACGCCAUCGAGCAGGUGAAGCGCCACAGACAGAUCAUCCCUAACCGGGGCUUCCUGAAGCAGCUGAGAGACCUCGACACUUUCCUUCUGGAGCAGAGGCGUGAACACACACACACUCAGACUGCAGACACUACUGAGAGGACUGAUCAAUAAUGCCACCAAGUUACACAAACCCGGUCGGAUGUGUGUGUGUAUUUAAUCAAUAUUUAUAUUAAUCAGUUACUGACAUUACUACUAGUUAACUAGUUAAUGUUACAUGUCUGUGCUAGAACCUACACCAAGCUUAUUCAGUUAUUUAUUAUAAUUGUUUAAAAAAAUGUUGUUUCAUUACAAUAUAAAAAUUAAAACUAUUAUUACAU